AUGAAUAAAAAACUAUUUGCUUUUAUAGUAGUUUUAUGCUUCUUAGAAGUUGUUUUCUCUCUUUCAUGUGACAUUUGUACAUAUAGCUAGAAUGGUUUUGACACUUAGGGCCCAUGUACCAAAUGCCCUGUUGGAUAAUGUACACCUUAUUCUACAACCAAGGGAACUAGUCCAAGUGUAUGUGUAAGUAGACCAUGUCCUAAAGGAUCAUAUAGCACUUCAGGCUAUGAUGGAGAUGGAUCUGGUGCUGGAUGUUAUACUUGUCCUGCAGGUAAAACAACUCCUGGUACAACAACUAGUUCAGCAAAUCUAUUUAAUGAAUCAGAUGUUUGUACUGUUACUCUUAAUGCAUGUGCUUAAGGUAGCUAUUCUUUUACAGGAUAUGAUACGGAUGGAUCUGGAACUGGAUGCACACCUUGUCCUCCAGGUACAUCAACUCCUAAUACUAAAACUGCAGGAGAUUUAACUCUUUGUACUCUUAAGGCCUGUACUAAAGGUAGGUAUUCUGCCACAGGAUUUGAUACAGACGGAUCUGGAACUGGAUGUACUGCUUGUACUGCAGGAACAUCAACUCUUAAUACUUAAACAAUAGGAACAGAUAAAUCUAUUUGCACUCUUACUCUUAAGGCCUGUCCUGCUGGCUCAUAUAGUGUAUCAUCAUUUGAUUCAGAUGGUAAUGGAUCAGGUUGUAAUAAAUGUGCUGUUAAUACUUACUCUGCUUAAGGUGCUACUUCUUGCACUUCAUGCACUAAUAAUCGUACCUCACCAGCUGGGUCUACUACUGUAACUGCUUGUGUAUGCCCAUAAGGAACAUCUGGUCCUACAGAUGGUGUCAGUUCAUGUUCCAUUACUACUAGUGGCUCAAUAAACACUCUUUUUAUAUCACUCAUUUUUAUUUUAAUAUUUUUAUUUUGA